AUGAAUAAAAUGACUACCAUCAAAGUGACGCCGAUAACUUACAAAACGGACGCAGAACUAAGAUCCCUACCUGCGUAUCAGAGACAGUGCUACUUUCAAGAUGAAAGGAAACUUAAAUAUUUCGAAUUCUACACUGACAGUAACUGCAAGCACGAUCUGUGGAUGCGUGAAGUCAAGAAGCAAUGUAACUGUGUUCUUUUCAAUUGGCCAAGAAUUUACAUUUGGGAAUCGAUUUGUUCAACUAAAUCAGAUUUCCGCUGCGUAAUUGAAGUUCGAGCAAAAGUAGAGGAACAUCUGACAUACGCGUAUUUUGAAGACAGCCAGGAAGAAAGGGUACGCGAUUCCACCUCUACCUCCUGUCACCCAGCCUGCAAUGACAUUUUGUACUCCAGUCAAGUUUUCUACUCUGAUCUUGUUAGCAUACCAGGACGACCAGAGCCUGAUUGGGAUUUCAAAGAAGGUGAAGUGACACGCAUCAACGUACAUUUUUAUGAUGACAUAUUUUUGGGUCAGCAUCGCCACGCGCAGUACGAUGAUUAUUAUUUUGCAGGUGCAAUUGGGGGCUUACUCAGUCUUUUCCUUGGCUUCAGCAUCAUAAGCGUCGCUGAAUUGGUCUACUUCGUACUCCUGAAGCCAGUUCAUUUGGCUCUUAAAGAAACCUUUAAGAGAAUUGUUGAAUAA